AUGGACACGAUACGGGAAGGCAUUAAGAAGGGGUACGUCUACACCCUCAACGACCUCAGCAGUAUGGACGAUCUGAUCUACCGGACGUCCACCGUUGCCUACGACACCUGCUUGGCCGACCGUCCUCAAACCCAGGAUGACAUCAAACAGGAGCUGUCCGACCCUGUACCAAGGAAAUACCGCUUCCGACCCCGCGAUCGCCAUCGACCCGGAAUUCGCCUUACACCAGGCCCCGGCGUGAAGGACGAAGACGAGCCCGACUUUGCUGGAUCAGCGGAGGAUGAGCUGGGAUCGGAUGGUUCUUCGCACGAAGAUGACGAGAAGCCUGACGACCUUGACGAGCCCAUGGGCGACGACGAGGAGGAGAUCCCUCCCCCUCCGCCACCGCCCCCGGCUCCUCCUGCGCCGCCUGUCCCGGUAGAACCGGAGACUCCCGUGGUGUCGCAUGCAGGCGUCAGUUCUGGCGAUGCUGUGCCAACUCCUCCUCCUCCUCCUCCCGCUCCCAUUGCGGCAGGCGUUACAACGACUGGGGAUCCGUUUGAGGAAGAGGACAUGGCCAUCAAUACUCGUGUCCCUGACACCGAGUCCGAGCUGGAGGGUGAGUCCGACCAACCCAAGGCCAGGUCCCGCCUAGCGGGCAACCCAGCUCUAAGAGCAUGGCCCAGCCUGCCCGUCCAUCCCCGGUCCCCGCGAGAAGCGGUGUGGAAGGUGGGGAGACGCGACUCCCCGAGUUCGUCUUCGAUCGGGCGGUCCCGGAACUCCUGCGUCCCCACCACGGGGUGCCACCGGUUCCUGGGCGGCCAUGGCGGCUAUGACCCGCGCGAUGACGACAACGACGAGUGGGAGCUUCCCCCGGGACCGCGCUUGGGGCCCGCGAGGAUCGUCGCGGUCCUAAGGGUGAGGGGAAGGGUCGAGGAAAACAUCGACCUGGCAAAGGUGGACGCGAGGAUCCUGGCCCGCCCCGACAAAGGGAUGAUCGUGGCAGGGAUACCCGCGGAGGCCGACGCGAUGAUCGCCGACCUCCUCCACGUCAUGAGGAGACCUCCGAGAGGCGCGGUCCGGGGCGAGAUGAGCGCCGCGGACGUGAUGACCCGGGUGAUGACCGUCGCGAUCGCCACCGGGAUCGCCGUCGGGAUGGAGGAGGUGAUCGAGGUGACCGUGGUGGACGCCGGAGAGACGACGUGCCCAGGGACCGGGAAGAACCUGGUUCAGGGUGGUAGGGGGGUCACGGAAUCUCGUUGCGCCAGCCAUAGUGCGGCUGACCGCUACGCCGUCGGGAAAAGGGUCCUGGCGUCGCUGUGGUUAGGCACUGGGAGGUGGGCGGAGGUUCUCUGCGUGAUCAUCCUGGGCUUGGGCAUCGCCGCGCUGCCGCGGCAGCUGGCGGCGCUCCGGCGCCUCGCGCCGGAUCUGCGGCGGAAGCUUCACGCGCAGGCGGUGUGCCGCGAGGCCUUUCUGCGCACGCGCAUGCGGCGGCACAGCAACGGCCUGCGCCUGAGCCGGAUCUUCGGAGCGCACGAGGAAGCCAGGUGGUCGGAGCUGCAGGGCCCCACACUCGCGCUGGUGCUGUUCUACGCGGACGGCUCGCCCAUCCCCUACGGCCUCGUGCAUGAGGAGGCCAAGAAGCGGAACAUCCUGCUGAGGGUAGGGUGCCACUGCAACGCGGGGGCUUGCCAGCGCUACCUCAACCUCAGCGACGCGGAUGUGCGACACUUCUACGCCGCCGGCAAGGUCUGCGGAGAUAACCUGGGGCUGGUGGACGGGCGCCACACCGGGGUGGUGCGCCUCUCCUUUGGGCUCUUCUCCACCUUGAAGGACGUGGGCGCCUGGCUGAAGCUCCUGGACGAAUGCUUCGUGGAUGCGACACCAGAGGCGAAAGAGGCGGCUGGGGUCGUCCGGGAAGCAAGGACCGAGUGCCUGCCUAGCAGCCCGGUGCUGGGCCACUUGUGUUCGCUGAAGGUCUACCCGGUAAAAGGCUGCGGCCCGCUCUGUGUGCGCCGCUGGCCGCUGGAGGGCGGGGGCUUCUUCCUGGACCGCCGGUGGUGCCUCGUGCUGGAGAAGCGGAGCAGGCCGGUGAGCGCCAAGCAGGCGCCACGCCUCACCACUGUGAAGAUGGCCCUGCGUCGGAGACACGGGCUCUUCGUGUUGGUGCUGUCCACCAAGUUUCAUCCGGAGACUUUGGAGCUGGCAUUAACGCUCGAGGACUCCCAGGUGCUCCAGUCCUGCCUUGACCCCACCGACUUCCCACAAGAAGACGCGGUGAAGGUGCCGGAGGGUAAGGAACCCAGCGCGUGGUUUGAGGAGCUCCUCGACCUCCGCGGGCUUCGCCUCACCGCCGCCUCCGCCUGCGGUUCCUCCAGCAGCGCCGGCACCGGGGAGGCGCCGCCCGCAGGCGACGCGAGAAAGCGGGACUUCGCGAAUGCGGAGGCGACGCUACUCUUGGUGUCCACUGCCUCCCUGCGGGACUUUGGGCGCGUCUGCGGGCUGGCGGUUCCCUCGGACCGCUUCCGCGCCAACUUGGAGGUGGAUUUUCAGGAGCCCUACGAGGAGGCCAGGUGGCCGGAGGGUCUGGCGCUGUCGGUGGGAUCCGUGGGCUUUGAGGCGGCGGGGCGCUGUGUGCGGUGCCAGGCCGUGGACAUCGACCCGGAGGACGCGCUGUCCAAAGGACCGUCGCUGCUGGCAGCUUUGGCCACGGCACAGGCCGGCAGCAAGGGCCCGACCUUCGGCGUGCUGCUGAAGCGACCUGCCGAGGCCAAAGGCUCGGUGCUGGAGCUGGGCAUGGCGCUGCGUAGGGCAGAGCUUUGGGCCGAGGGGUAGUGUUCGAUGGUCACUCCG